AUGCCUUUAAGAGAAAAGUAUAGUGAUGCUGUUGGAAUUCCAGUAGGAUUGUCAGCUGAGUACAUAGUCCUGAAGAACCCAAAGCUACCAGGGUGUGAGUUGGUGAUUGUGUGGAAAAUUAAUGUGAAUGAGGAAGGUGCUGUGAUUCCAGUCUUUGAUCUAUUAAACAAAAUCCCAGAGCAAGCUUUACCUUUCGAUAAGAUGAAAAUCCUACAGAAUACCUCUAUAGGUUUUCGAAAUUUACUGCAGGUCUAUGGAAUUGAAGGCUCCAUUGAGAAGCUUGUGCGGGUCUUUUGUUUAACCGAGGAAUAAAAUGCUCCAGCAAUCGGCAGAACACAUCUGCGUAAUGAAUAGUGUUUUUGUUUUUUUCUUUUCUUUAAUAAUAUACAACAGGCACAAGUUACAAUAUUUUAUUGAGUAUAAACAGUGUUGUCCUUCCAUUUAUAAACCAAUCGCUUAUGCUGAUUGUACAAGUUAUGGCACAUUAUAUAUAAUUUAUUAUGACAUGGAAAAUAAAUACAAUUAUUUAAAUACAAA